UCUGUCAUUUUGCUUUUAUAUGGAUUAACAUCAUGUCCUUAUUCUAGAGUGAUGAAUGCAUGAGAGAGAGAAAGAGACCUUAAGAGAGACAAAGAUAAAAACAAGAGAGAGAAAAACAUACCCACAAAAAAAAGAAGUUAAAUUUACAAAAAAAAAAGUGAAAUUUAAUAAAAAGUGAAGCCUGUAUCAUCAAUGGAGUUGGAGACUGCAAAUUGGCUUUUCUGACCACUUUUUUGUUCUUCAACCUGUGACUAAAAAAUCUUUAGGAGUAUUUACCCUUGAUUAGAGAUGGAUUUAUCAGAUGCCACAAGAAUCUUACUUCACAGGAUUGAAAAGUUAGAACCUGAAUUAGCCACCAAAAUUAUAGGAUGCAUUCUUAUACAAGACCAUGGUGGAAGGGAUAUGAUAAGGUUGGCUUAUGCUCCUGAACAGUUCUUAGAAAAUCUGGUACACAAAACCAAACUUCAACUAGGAUCUCUCUCGAAAACCCCGGUUUCCCCUUCUCUAUCUUCUCCCAUUACCAGCAAUCAUUCGCAGGUUUCGGAUGUCUCAUUGAAUUACAUGCCCUUUUCAACCAAUGACUCUGGAGCCUACUUGUCUUCAUCCACCUUUCGGGGUCCCCAGGCAUCGUACUGGGACCUGCAACAGCCUUUAGCACCCGAGCAACAACCUAUUAUGAGUUCUGAUUUUCAGUCAUAUGGAGAGUCAAUUGUAGAAGACUUGUAUCUUCAGAAUCAAGCUCAGUUCAUGUGGUAUGAUGAUCAAUUGGAGCCUGCUAAUGCUGGGGCGGGAAAUUUUCACGCAGAUCAUUAUUACCCGGAUGCUGCCUUAGGUAAUCUGAGGCGUCGUCGAUCACCGAGUUUAUCUGAUUUGCCCACUAAGACAUGCCAUUAUUUCAACAAGGGGUUUUGCAAGCAUGGGAGUAAUUGCCGUUAUAUACAUGGACAGGAUACUUUCCCUUCACUUUUUAACCCAAAUGAACUUGCUUGUGAUGAUCAUAUUUUUUCUCCCGGCUCACUAGAAAAACUCGAGCUCGAGAUCAGUGAGCUUUUGAUAUCUAGGAGGGGCGGUCCUGUUUCUAUUGCUUCACUUCCCAUGUUGUAUUAUGAGAAGUAUGGGAGGACCCUUCAAGCUGAUGGGUACCUCACAGAGAGUCAGAGGCAUGGCCGAGCUGGUUAUAGCUUGACAAAACUUCUUGCUCGAUUGAAGAGAAUCCGCCUAAUUGAUAGGCCACACGGGCAACAUGCAGUGAUCUUAGCCGAAGAUGCUUCAAAAUUCAACGUGGAAAAUCGAAGUGAAAGAAAUGACCCGGGUCCGAUUGUUAGUGGAUCCCGUCAAAUAUACUUGACCUUUCCGGCUGAGAGUACAUUCACUGAAGAAGAUGUAUCCAACUAUUUUGACACUUUCGGUGCGGUUGAAGAUGUCAGGAUCCCAUGCCAAAAAGACCGGAUGUUUGGAUUCGUGACAUUUGCAAGUGCUAAUACUGUGAAGACUGUCUUGGCUAAAGGGAACCCACAUUUUGUUUGUGGGUCUCGUGUUCUUGUUAAACCUUACCGCGAAAAAUCAAAGCUUGUUGACCGGAAGUACAUGGAGAAAAAUGAUCACGGUAUGUAUUACCCUGGAACUAACUUGGAGCUAGAACCUGACUUCCACCCUUUGCCUAGAUGCGAUGCCCCGAGAUUUCACAGGAGGCAACGUAUGGAAGAGCAGGAACAAGCUCUUGACAUGGAAAGGAGACGUCUCUCUGAAUUGCAGAUUGAACGCAAAAAUUUCAUCAAUUGGCAACUCAUUGGCUAUGGCAUGGAGGAGCUAUAUGGUUUGGAAGAUCAUUCCAAUGUCCCAAAUGCAGAACAAUACCAAUAUCUGCUGGAUGUUUUCAAUGACUGCUCCAUAAGUGAUGACAGAUCAAGGUAUCCCGGCAUUGACUACAACUACAACUACAACAAUCAAGAAAGUCGCUGGAUUGAUCUUCCAGAGAGCCCCUUCGCUCCAGCUAUGGGAAGCGGCAUUUCUACUGUCUUCUAGAUAUAUUCAGCAACACAGGAGAAAAUACCUAUAGAGAGAAAGUAGGAUUACUUUGAUUCAAAGGUUUGGCGUCUUUGGUUCCAACUUCCAAUACAGAACAGUUUCAUUUCUAUUGUUUCUUUGCCGUGCCCAAGUCUUAUAGUUUGAAGUCUUUUAGCUAAAGUAAAUAACAGAAUGGCUAAAAGAAGAUGAUCGACAAAAAAAGAAAACGAGAUCAAGUCUGAAGCAUCACCUCCUUCCCGUUGAUUUUGGUAGAAGGAGUUUGAAUAGAGAAAAGAAGAUUAUGAUGAAUACAGAAAUCAAAGACGGCCAUAUAUAUAAGAAGGUUUGCACAGGUUUUUUUUUGCGUUUUUUGAGUUUUUAUGACAUAAGGUGAAAGAAGAGUUAAUGAAAAUCUCGGUAGAAACUAUGUAGUAUUUUUUACAAGUCUUUGGGUAGAAGAAGAAAAGAGAAAGCAUGAAUCAGAUGUCCUUUUUUUUUUAUUUCCUAGGGUUUUUAAUAUGCUUGGUGGUUUCAGAGAGGUGGUUCAAGUUAUGUUUGAGUUCCUCUAUGAUUCCUUCUAUAGAUGCAAAAUAACAUUUUGACUACAAAAGUAAGGGUUAGUAGCCCUUCAAUUUCAUAUUACAACUGAUGAAUAUUAGCUUUUGUGAA